UUUAUCUUUGCUUUGUUCGUGAAAACCCAAGGAAGGAAGGAAAGAAAGAAAGAAGUGUUUCAUUUCAGCAACGAUGACCAACUACGGCACAAUCCCAACUUCCUCUUCACCUUCCACCAACCUCGAGUUCAUCUCACGCGCCAAGCAGCGGGUCAAGGAAGGGCUUGCCACGCGCCGACCAUGGAAGGUCAUGUUCGACUUCCACUCCUUCGCCCUUCCGGCAGGUUUCUCCGACGCCGUGAGGCGCGUGCGGGAGAACGUCGGCUACUUCCAGAUGAACUACGCCAUCGUGGUGCUCAUCGUGCUCUUCCUCAGUCUCCUCUGGCAUCCAAUAUCGCUGAUCGUGUUCGUGGUGCUCGUGGCGGCGUGGCUCUUCCUUUACUUCCUCCGCGACGAGCCGCUCGUCGUCUUCGGCCGGAUGAUCAGCGACCGCGUCGUGCUCAUCGUCAUGGCGGUGCUGACCAUCGCCCUCCUCCUCCUCACCGGCGCUGUCCCUAACAUCCUGUUGGCGCUCCUCAUCGGAGCCGUCUUGGUGGUGGCGCACGCCGCCUUCAGAAGAACCGAUGAUCUGUUCUACGACGAAGAAGAGGCCACUGCCCGCUUCGUUCCUCCUCCUCAUCCCGGUGCUCCUCUUUCUUGAUCCCCAAUCUUCUCCUUCCGCUUCGUGUUUUUCUCUUCUCUGAAUUUUUUUAUUUGGUCAAUUCAGUAAAUAAUUUUAGGUUCUGUUCAGCUUCUUCCUUCUCUUUCAGUUUUAUGCUUUUUUUUUUUUGUUGCCCUUUUUGAAUGGGAGGUUUGGAAUUUGUGAAGCUAAAGAUGUUGGGUGCUAUGGAUGAACUGAACUGAAUGAAAUUCAUUGCUUACGUUUAAUUUAGUUGAAUUAUAAAUUUUAUCCUUUUUUUUU